UCUUUUGAGGGAGCUGUACCUAAAAUUAACCUUGUGUUAUCACCUGCUGGUUCCUUUUUUAAAAAAAGUUUCAUAAGAACGUUCUUAUCAUCUGGUUUGCCACCACAGAACAAGGUCACCCUUAAAUGAAUGGAAAAACAAACAUGUGAAAUGAGAGCUUGGCACCUGUUUGAAAUCAAUUCUUCAGCGUUUAAGGAGUGAACCCAUCUUACUCAGUCCUCUCUGUCCACUGGCUGCAGGGCCACCAAGCUCUGUUGUGGUUGGGAUAUUUCUAUGGGAACCAGUGACCGAGGGAAGAGGGAAGGAGGAUCCUGUCUAAGCAGCACAGGGGGCGUGUUAGCUUCACUGCUCUCCUGCUCAAUUUAAACCACCUGCGUCUAUCAAAAAUCCACAGAUGUGCCACACUUGACAUGAGAGAACCUCCAUCUGCUGUCAGGAGAGCCUCAGUGAUUUUUCCACAACACCCUGGAGCUAUCAGCCCGUCCUGUUUGGGAUAAUUCUGUGAUUUAUUCCCUUCUUCUGAAGAGUGUUUUCUAAUUUCCCAUGUGGGUGGUGGAGAAGAUCCGUUUGUCAGUGGAGAGAUCUAACCUGCCCAUUCUACCAGCAGAACUUAGCUUAAAUAUUAGUGACAUCAUGUUUGGUGAGAAGCCCAAAAGGAUUUUUCUCUGUCCAAACGUCAUCACCCCUGACAACAUCCCAGAGUUUUGCAUCCCACCAACCAUCCCAUCACUACAGGAGAUGAAGAAUCUGGAGCACAGGCGAGCCAUUUGUGCCCCCCGGGUCUCUCAAUCUGAGAGGACGAGCCCUGAGACUGAGGUGACGCCUCAGGAGCAACGAAACCCACACAUCAUCCAGGUGGAGAGUGUGGAUGAAAGCCCAUAUGAUGGCUGCAGUGAUGAGGAGACCACCAACGCAGACCCUCAGAGCCAGGCUGCACUGUCUCUUCCACACCUGGCUAAAGCCCAGACUUGUUACGGUUUUUGCACUUUACUGGAGAGCCCCCACACCAGGAGAAAAGAGUCUCUCUUCCAUGCCGACCCUGGCUCCUCACCCCUGCUGCUGCCCAAAAGUCGGUCCAGCGUGUUCUCCAAGGUCUCUCCCUCCACCUCACCUUCCUCCUCUCCUUCUUCCCUCGGCCUUAACACCAUCACCUCCAGACUUUCCCCAAGAAGUUACACCAUGAGCUGGCAGACAGCUCUGGACAGUGACACGACGUCUUCGACUGAAUCUUCUCCCUUCAGCUCCCCUCUGCUGACACGAUGCCCCGGCAAGUCUUCCCUCUUUAAAGCACUGAGUCAUGAACUGCUGUUGUCCAGGAACUUAAGGAAAGCAAUGGUGUCUCGGAAUAAUUCUUUAUCAACAGAUGAGGGCAGCUCCACGGACAACAGUCCAAAUGUGAUGAGAAGGGUAUCAGAGGGGGUUAUUGAAGGCCUGCCCAGCACCUACACCCUGGCACCACCCACCAUCUUCCCAAUGGACUUGACUUUGCACAGGGAGCAAAAAGUAGGGAAGGAGAAGAAGGUGCCCAUAGGGAAAGACGGACCCCUGAGACUGUCGGCAGAGUACUGUGCAGAUAACCAGAGACUCCGUGUCCGGCUCAUCAGCACCGAGGGCCUCUAUCCUCUCUCUGUAGAUCCUAAGAUUAUUAACUGCAGCGUCAGUCUUUGUCUGCUUCCCGGAAAAGUCCAGAAGCAGCGGAGCACGGUAAUCAGAAAGAGCCGUAAUCCGAUCUUCAACGAGGAUUUCUUCUUCGAUGGAGUCUCAGAGGAUAAGCUGGGCCAGCAGUCCCUUCGACUUAAAGUGGUGAACAAAAUGUCCACCCUGAAAAGAGACUAUCUUCUCGGUGAUUGUGAUUUGCCUCUGUCUAGUAUCGUCCAAAUUUGAACCAAAGUACUUCCUUGGCUUUUUAUUUAUGAUUUCAAAUAUUUAUUUUCCUU